UACAUCUCAACUUACCAGUUGCACAGUAAGGAGGGCAUUCUCUUGAAAAUUCAUCAUGUUGAACGAUGAAACGUUUGACGUGCUGAUGGAAAUACGACAAGUGGACAAACAAAUUUCAUACUGUAAACAUCAAGUUGAAAUAGAAACACAGCAAUUGGCUGAUUUGGAAAGAAAAAUCAAUCGUGUUCAAGAAGAAAAACUGAAAGCUCUUUCACUCAAGCAUUGCGUUGAGGAGCAGACUUUAUACUUAAACAAAGAAUUUGAACAUAUUCAUCAAGUAUAUGAUUCAUCCAUUGAAUACUUUGACAAGUAUGUAGAUAUUGUAGAUGAUCUAGAUCCCAAUGAUAGCGAUGAAGAGGCCAAAACUAUUGCAGAAUUAAUAAAGCGCAGAGAUACUUUGUUAAAGAAUAUACAACAAACUGCAAAAGAAAAAGAGGAAAUAGCAAGUAAAUUGAAUGACGUUGAAUUACAAAUACGAAUGGUUCAGAAAAGAAAUGAAGAAUAUAAAGUUAAACUUCAAAAAGUUUUAGAUCAAAAACUUCAAGAAGAAAGAGAUCUUCAGGCAAAAUUGAAUUCUGAUUGAAUUAGUUAGA